AUGGUCUACAACUGGGAGCCCCACAAAGAUGUCUGCUACAAGCUCUACAUCGAAGAGCGCAAGUCGCUCGAGGAGAUCAUGCAGCACAUGCGCGAUACCGAGAACUUCACGCCCUCGAAGCGGGCUUUUCAGACCCAGUUCAAACGAUGGGGGUUCCCCUCGAAACGAAAGCCGGCUUUUCGCGACGAGGAUCUGGUGGAUCGCGUGAAAGAGCUUUGGGAAGCCAACUAUAGUCAACGAAACAUGCUUGCCGUGCUACAUCAAGAAGGCCACGAUAUCAAAGAACGCGAACUUAUGAGGUUGCGCGCGAAGAAUCGCUGGUUGAUGCGCAUUCCCAACGGCGCCAAACAGACUCCGGCGGAGGAGGCAGAGGCUCGUCUCGAGGCCCAGAUGCUGGAGGCCGCGCAGAACGAAGAAGGAAUCUCCGCCGAACCGGCUCCGGCCCCAGCCCAGGCACCACCGGCCGACGAGCCACCGGAGGAAUUUCUGCAACAGCAGAAAGAGAGACUUGAACGACUUCAGGCACUCAGCGACGAGAGGUGGCAGGCCAAGAAGCGACGUCGCCGGACCAAGGGUUAUGCUGGACUUCCGGCUGAUCCGCCAGGACUUCCACCUCGCUUUCCAUCCGAAACCACGCUCGAAGAGAGCAGAGAAAUCUUGUCGCUCAACACGAAGCAGUACCGCGCUCUACGUGAUCAAUUCCAGGCCAUCUGUCAGGAGGGAGGGAUUUUGCAGAAGACCGUCGCAGGCGCCGAAAGGUGGGCAGCGGCGAAAGAUCGUCUUGUUCAUGAGAAUCCCGUGCUUCAAGCCACGUUGUACGCAGACCCCACGACCCGACCAUCGAAGGAUCUCGCACUAGAUGUCAUCUGCACCGAUGUCACCAAACGCAUCCGCACCAUGGGCCGCCGGCUCACCAUCCUGGAAUCCAAGAACAUUCUCGGCUUGAAUCCGGAACAGAGCCGCCAAAUCCGGAGUGGUUUCUAUAACAUUUUGGAUUCGGAGCACUACACCAGCAAGUUGGAAAUGGGACCGGAGAAGUGGCAGGAGUUCAAGGACCGCUGGAUCGCCGAAACACCGCUUUUGCAGCAGAUUCUGGCACCGGGCAACGCCGACCCGGACCACGAGAAGAAGAAGGCGGCUCUCGAGCUCCUCUGCCGCGAUGUCAUGAAACGUGUCAGGGACGAUCGCGCGAAGAAGAAGGGGACGUUUCGAAAGAAGACCACCGAAACUCCACCGCGCUCCGUUGAUGGUGCUGGUGCUGGUGCCGGUGCCGCGGUCACAGACGACUCAACCCAUGCGGUCGAUGCCGUCGAGAUGACGCCUCAAGCACCCCACAGCAGUGCCUACGAGCCAUCGCAACCGGCGAAUCCAUACAGUGAUAUGUCGAAUACGAUGCAGACAAAUGAUUUGUCUGAGCUUCAGAUCGAUCCCAAUCUUCUCCAGGUCGCAGACAACCUUGGAUCACCACCCGUGUCGACCAUGACACCGGUGUAUGUCCGACCACAUCCCAAAUCGACCAUGUACAACAACACCAAAAUAGCUUUGGCGUCGUUGUCGGGCCGGACAGUGCAGGAGUUGCACGCCAUGCUCGCGGCUAAGUAUCCAGGAGCAAAGCCGACUCGCAUCGACGGGGUUGAGAAGGAUGCCAAUGGCAACGAGAUCUCUUAUCUGAUAGAGGAGGAUGAAGAGCUCGAUGCAUACCUUGAGCAUGUUCAGGGACGUAAAGCGACGUUUGUCGUCUUACUGACACCGGAUGAGUAG